GUGGGAUAAAUGAACAGCAAUAUUUUUCCAAUAGCAUUAACGGUGAAGUGAUACAAAGCAUAAGAUUUGAAGGGGUGCAAAUCAUAAGAAGUCUAAAUUCAUCACGAGCAAGGAAUAUAUGUGCUCCUGCUACAGUUUGUAGUGCCAACGCUACGCUAGUUGGUAAUGUUCCCACUACACUAGUUAAUGAUGCCUCCGUUACAUUAGUUGGUGGUGCUUCCGUUACUUUAAUUGGUGAUGUCCUUGCUGCAUCAACUGAUAGUGCCUUCACUACAGCACCUCCUACGUUAGUUAAUAAUACACCAGAUACAUCAGUUGGUCCAUCGCUUAAUUUCCCUGCUGCACCAACUAGUUUCCCAUUUACAUUAGCUAAUAACGUCCAUGAUACAUGGGCUGAUGGUACUCUUACUACAUCGGUUGGUGACGCUCUUAACACAUCAAUCGGUGGUGCUCUUACCACGUCAAUUGGUGGAAAUAAUCCGAAUAAUCAAUUAUUGGCGCCUCUAGAUUUGCUACAAUUUCGUGCAAUGAGAUCGAGUGGUCCGCAACAUCAAGAAAUUGCAAUCGUUGCUUCUCAGAGAAACUUUCAGGGUCUAACAUCCGUACCUACUUCAGCAUUAAAUCAAGAAUAUCAACAGUGGAGUUGCUGGGAAGAAAGAAAUGGCCAACAACAUUGGAACAGUCAACGUGAAACAGAUAUCGCAGAAGAAAUUAGAUUUACAGAGUUUCAUGGUCACAAUAUGAUCCCGUUUCCGUUUCAAACUGUAACAAGUUCUGAUGCCGUGAAUUCAAAUCUGCUACAAAAUUAUCAACAUGCAAAUAGUUCGUAUCCACCGCCUAUUGAACCAGAUG